AUGCUGACAGCAAAGGGGCAUCCGAACAUCCUCAACCUGCACUCCGUGUUUCGGCAACCCACCAACGGUCAAUGGGUGCUUAUUCUGGACUUCUGUGCCGGUGGCGAUGCUUUCACUCAUAUCUCCAAGACCGGGGUCCAGCCAGAGGCCACCUGCAAGACGAUGCUGGAGGGCCUUCUGCUCGCAUGCGGGCACCUGCACUGGCUUGACAUCCUUCACCGGGACGUCAAGCCCGAGAAUUUGUUGCUGCAAACAGGCGGCAGACCAAUGCUCGCAGACUUUGGCCUAGCAUGCACCGCAAGCGAUAGUGAGGAAACUCGCAAGCGAGUCGGUUCGCCUGGCUACAUUCCUCCGGAGGUGCUGCAGGGAGGUCGCUGCACGACCAAGGCAGAUGUGUUCGCCGCGGGAGCGACCCUUCACUUUGCCAUCUCCGGCAGUGCCCCUUUCGUGGGCAAGGACAUGGCAGCCACCUUGCACAAGACGGUGACUGACAAGGUUUCCUAUGAUGGUGAUCUGUACAGCAAGCUGAGUCCGGCAUUGAAGGCGUUUGCGCUUCUACUGUUGUCAAAAACAACAGCAGAGCGCCCGUCUGCUGAACAGGCUUUGAAGCAUGAGUGGUUCAGGGGAAAGGGCGCGCCAUCGGGUAAACCCGGGGGCAAGCCUCCAGAAUCCUCGAGCUUGACCCCCGCUCCGCCUCCCUCAAGGGGAG